GUUUAAAAGAUGAUUCACCCGAAGUGGUAGAUUUUAUACGUCCACAAUGGAUUAAAUGUGGCAAGCAGUAUUUCGAUGAAAAUGAGGCGGAACUAAGCAAACAAGAAAUAGGCGAUUUGCCUGUGAAAAACUACCCACCCGACGUUGAACGCCCCACAAUUGGUUGUCGAGCAAUAGUGCAACGUUCACUGCGCUUAUUGAGUUUAAUCACGCGUGAAUCGAACGAUUGGAAAGUGAAUGUGCGCCUCCAUUCCCUUAAGUUGCUCUAUCAGUUCGUACUACAUGCGGAGGCAGCAAUGACUGCAAAAUUUUUCGAAAUUUAUGGCGAUGUUGCACGUGCCUGCCGUGAUCCCGAGGCUAUUGUGUCAACUGAGGCUAUGAAAGUUGCCGAUUUAAUGGGUCGAUUAUUUUCUUAUGAUGAUUGGAUCGAACAUGGAUUCGAUGGUUUAGUAAAAAAUACUAAAGAGGGAUAUUUGAAAUGUUUUUAUCACAUGUUUGCUGCCAGCUUAGGCAGCAAGAUCGAUGACAUUAUUCGUGUUUCUGAAAUGUUGAUUAGCAGUGAGUUUUCACAGACCCUCAAACCAGAAGUACAAUUGUAUGUAUUGAAAUUGGUUGAAACUAUACUAUCGAAAUCAGAUGAAGUUGGAGAGCAGUUCGAAAAUGAUAAGAAUGAAAAACUCGUUUUAAACUCAUAUGUAGCGACUAUAAAAGUUAUGGCUCUGUCAUUUGACUCGGAGCAAACGAAUGUUGUAGAACUGCAAGAUUUAGGCCAAUAUAUACUGACCAAACUAGCAGAACGCCAAAAAAUCACUGUGGCCGCUCUACACGAAAACUAUUUUGUCAACGCGUUAAAUUAUGUGGACAAUCUAGAUGCGUCACUGGAUGAUUUGACCGAGCCCAUUAUAUUGUUAAAUGGUUUGAUCAAUAUUGCUAAAUUACGGGCAACGUAUCUGCCAGAUUUGCAAGAGAAAAUAAUCUUAGUCUGGGAGAAUUGUGAUGAUUCUGCUAAAGUGAAGAUUUUUACUAGCAUAUCUGUCGUUAUGCUACAAUGGACUGAAACUAUUAAUCGUCAACUGUGUGAAAGUACAGAACUCUUAACGAAUUUCGUAUCAUCGGUAAUAGAACGACAUUUGCUUUGGCAUGCCGGAGCAAAUGCAGAAGCAAUGCGCUCGAUGGCCAUGGCUACAUUGUGCGCUAUGUCGCAAGGUGCUGUUGAAGAAGCUCGUAUUGUGUUGCCAGCAUGCGUUGCUAAGUAUCUUCCGAGUUUACUAGAAGAUCGUUCUGUCGCAACUCGUCACUACUCAGUAAAGUGUCUCUUCAACUUUGGUGAAGUAGAUGUGGAACAAUUAAAACCAAUUGCUUACGCUACCUUGCAGCGAUUGGAUGAUCCAUCUGCUGGUAUACGUGAAUUAGCUGCGAUGGUCAUACCAAAAUUAAGCCCAAAAUUUAAUAAAAGUAAAUCCGAGAAGGAAGAUUUUGAACACGAAAUUUGGGAAACAUUCAUUCGAAAAGCGUUAGAUAUGAUGUUUUUGCACUACGAAGGACCAGAAGUCUGCUUACAAAAGUCCAUAAAGGCUUCUAUCAAUUUGCUUGCCGCAAAAUAUCCUGAAAUAUGCAAAGACAGUUAUAAGCGUACUGUGGCCAUGUCGUAUAAUAGCUUAAGCCUGCGGGAAUUGCAAUCGGAGCUGCCACUUCUAAUAUAAUUCUUUUGAAAUAAUUGUAAUAUUUUUUAAAUACAUAUUAAAUUUAUUUACAACACAUUAUUUCAUUAUAAAUGAAAGAAAACCUGCAUGCAAUUUA